AUGAUGUUCACUGACCCCUCGUCCACAGGUAUCCAGAGCGAUCCCAGUGUCCAGCUGAUGAUCGGCGGGUCCACUCUGAGGAAAGUCAAAUCCCGCUCCUGGAAGAAACAGCGGCAUUUUCGACUGCUAGAGGACGGUCUGACGAUCUGGUACAAGUCCAGAUGGACCGGGAAAGGCCACUCCACCUUCUCAGUGAUGGAGGUGGAGGCGGUGCGUGAGGGUCACCAGUCCGAGGUCCUGCUGAGCGUGGCCGACGAGUUCCCCGCUGACCUCUGCUUCACCCUGGUGUUCCACGGCCGCCAGGGCACCCUGGACCUGGUGGCGGAGUCCCCCGAGGAGGCCCGGGCCUGGAUCCAGGGGGUCCGCACGCUGAUCCACAAGGCCCAGAGCAUGGACGAGCAGGAGAGGCAGGACCAAUGGGUGCGGGACUGGUUUCAGAAAGCCGACAAAAACAAAGAUGGGAAGAUGAAUUUCAAAGAAGUAAAGAAGCUGCUAAAGAUGAUGAACGUUGACAUGAACGAGGACCACGCUCUUCACCUCUUCACGUUUGUGCACUUCUACAAGAUGCUGACUCAGCGGGACGAGGUGUGGAAGGUGUUCCAGGACUACUCGGAGGACGGGGAGAGGCUGAUGUUGGAUGAGCUGGAGACCUUCCUGAGGGUGGAGCAGCACGAGGGGGACCGGAGCCCCACCCGGGCCCGAGAACUGAUGGAGCGCCACGAACCCUCUGAGACAGCCAAGAAGCAAGGUGCCAUGUCCCUGGACGGCUUCCAGACCUACCUGUGCUCCCAGGACGGCUCCGUCUUCAGCCCCCAACGCCAGGAGCUCCACCAGGACAUGAGCCGGGCCCUCAGCAGCUACUUCAUCUCCUCCUCGCACAACACCUACCUGCUGGAGGACCAGCUCCGGGGACAGAGCAGCGUGGAGGCCUACAUCCAGGCCCUGAAGAGAGGCUGCCGCUGUGUGGAGGUGGACUGCUGGGACGGCAGCGACGGGGAGCCCGUGGUGUACCACGGCCACACCUUAACCUCCAAAAUCCUGUUCAGAGACAUCAUUUCCACACUCAAGGAAUACGCUUUCAGGGCCUCGGAUUUCCCCGUCAUCGUGUCUCUGGAGAAUCACUGCGGGGUGGAGCAGCAGACCGUCAUGGCCAAACACCUCAAAGACAUCCUGGGUGACAUGCUGCUGACAACCCCCCUGAACGGACAGGUCCCCCAGCAGCUUCCUUCACCACAGGAGCUGAGAGGGAAGAUCUUGCUGAAAGCAAAGAAGAUCGGCGGUCUAGAAGAGUGCCUGGAUGAAAGCCUGACAGAUGAAGUCAGUGAUGAGGAGGAGACGGCCAACGGCGAAGCGGAUAGUCCAUCUACAGAAGAUCUACCAACUGAGAAGGACAAGAAGAAAUCCAAAUUGUCCAGGGAACUGUCGGACUUGGUGGUUUACUGCAAGAGCGUGCACUUCCACGGCUUUGAGCACGCUCGCUCCCACACCAAGUGCUAUGAGAUGUCUUCAUUCUCGGAAUCCAAGACUAAGAAGCUUAUCAAAGACACAGCGACAGAGUUGGUGCAGUACAACACGCGUCAGCUGAGCAGGAUUUACCCCAGCGGCCUGAGGACGGACUCCUCCAACUACAACCCGCAGGACAUGUGGAACGUGGGCUGCCAGAUCGUGGCUCUGAACUUCCAGACGGCCGGGCUGGAAAUGGACCUGAACGACGGGCUUUUUAGGCAGAACGGCGGCUGCGGCUACGUCCUCAAGCCAGACUUCCUGAGAGAUCCCGGCACUCAGUUCAGUCCGGACAAACCUGAGGAGCGACCGGACUACAACCCCCUCCGCUUAUCAAUACAGGUGCUAAGUGGGCAACAGUUACCAAAAGUCAAUCAGAAGGAGGGCUCGAUUGUGGACCCACUGGUCAGGGUGGAAGUGUACGGUGUACCCCAAGACCAGGCCAAGGAAGAGACCAGCCACAUUAACAACAAUGGCUUUAACCCGGUGUGGAACGAGAGUCUGAGUUUUGUGGUCCACGCCCCCGAGCUGGCGCUGGUUCGCUUUGUGGUGGAGGAUUAUGACAAGGCGUCCAGGAACGACUUCAUCGGACAGCUCACCCUCCCGUUUUCAUGCAUCCAGACGGGAUACCGUCACAUACACCUGCUCUCUAAAGAUGGAACGCCAAUCCCUCCCUCAUCCCUCUUUGUUAACAUCAGCAUUUCAAAGUUCGCCUGAAAAGGGCAAAGUGGGAGGAUGUGAAGCCAGAGGGGGGUUUAAUGU